UCUCCUGCUUGCUUCUUGCCCCUCCUCUUGCAGAGGGAAACAACACAAGAACAGGAGGAGAGAGUGCACAGGUUUUGUUAAUUGUAGAUUUGUAGUGGUUAUUUUUAGUGACUUUGGGAGGUGUGUGUGUGUUGAUUAGCGUGUAAAGAUGUCGUCUUUGGUGUCGACGCCGUUCGCGACGGCAACGGGGGCGGCGCAGAAGAAGCUGGGGGUGACCGUGCCGCUGCUGCACUCGUUCCUGCUGAGCAGGCGGCAGCCGGCGGCGGGGAGGGGGCGGGCGGCAGCGAUACGGUGCACGGUGGCCGGGAACGGGCUGUUCACGCAGACGAAGCCGGAGGUGAGGCGGGUGGUGCCGCCGGAGGGGGACGCGUCGCGGCGAGGGGUGCCGCGGGUGAAGGUGGUGUACGUCGUGCUGGAGGCGCAGUACCAGUCGUCGGUGACGGCGGCGGUGCGGGAGCUGAACGCCGACCCGCGCCGCCAGGCGGAGUUCGAGGUGGUGGGGUACCUCGUCGAGGAGCUCCGGGACGAGGAGACGUACAAGACCUUCUGCGCCGACCUCGCCGGCGCCAAUGUGUUCAUCGGCUCGCUCAUCUUCGUGGAGGAGCUGGCGCUCAAGGUGAAGGCCGCCGUCGAGAAGGAGCGCGACCGGAUGGACGCCGUGCUCGUCUUCCCGUCCAUGCCGGAGGUCAUGCGGCUCAACAAGCUCGGCUCCUUCAGCAUGUCGCAGCUCGGCCAGUCCAAGAGCCCCUUCUUCCAGCUCUUCAAGCGCAAGAAGAACUCCGGCGGCUUCGCCGAGAGCAUGCUCAAGCUCGUCCGCACCCUGCCCAAGGUGCUCAAGUACCUGCCCUCCGACAAGGCGCAGGACGCCCGGCUCUACAUCCUCAGCCUCCAGUUCUGGCUCGGCGGCUCGCCGGACAACCUCCAGAACUUCCUCAAGAUGAUCGCCGUCUCCUACGUGCCGGCGCUCAGGGGCGCCGACAUCAAGUACGACGACCCCGUCCUCUUCCUCGACGCCGGCAUCUGGCACCCGCUCGCGCCCACCAUGUACGACGACGUCAAGGAGUACCUCAACUGGUACGGCACCCGCCGCGACGCCAACGACAAGCUCCAGGACCCCGACGCGCCGGUCAUCGGCCUCGUCCUGCAGAGGAGCCACAUUGUCACCGGCGACGACGGCCACUACGUCGCCGUGAUCAUGGAGCUGGAGGCCAAGGGUGCCAAGGUCAUCCCCAUCUUCGCCGGCGGCCUCGACUUCUCCGGCCCCGCGCAGCGCUACCUCGUCGACCCCAUCACCGGCAAGCCGUUCGUCAACGCGGUGGUGUCGCUCACCGGGUUCGCGCUCGUCGGAGGCCCCGCGAGGCAGGACCACCCCAAGGCGAUCGCCGCGCUGCAGAAGCUCGACGUCCCCUACAUCGUCGCGCUGCCGCUCGUGUUCCAGACCACGGAGGAGUGGCUGAACAGCACCCUGGGCCUGCACCCGAUUCAGGUGGCGCUGCAGGUUGCGCUCCCGGAGCUCGACGGCGGCAUGGAGCCCAUUGUGUUCGCCGGCCGUGACCCCAGAACAGGGAAGUCACAUGCGCUGCACAAGAGGGUGGAGCAGCUCUGCACAAGAGCAAUCAGAUGGGCAGAACUCAAGAGGAAAACUAAGGUGGAGAAGAAACUGGCAAUCACUGUUUUCAGCUUCCCGCCAGACAAAGGCAAUGUUGGGACAGCAGCAUACCUGAACGUUUUCAACUCCAUUUACUCCGUCCUCCAAGAUCUCAAGAAGGAUGGCUACAAUGUUGAGGGACUUCCAGACACAGCAGAGGCUCUCAUUGAGGAGGUUAUUCAUGAUAAAGAGGCCCAAUUUAACAGUCCCAACCUCAAUGUUGCUUACCGCAUGAAUGUCCGUGAGUACCAGACACUUACUCCCUAUGCACCCUUGCUGGAGGAGAACUGGGGCAAACCACCUGGGAACCUCAAUUCUGAUGGUGAAAACCUCCUUGUCUAUGGGAAACAGUAUGGCAAUGUUUUCAUUGGAGUUCAACCCACUUUUGGCUAUGAAGGAGAUCCAAUGCGGCUUCUGUUCUCAAAAUCUGCAAGCCCUCACCAUGGCUUUGCAGCAUACUACACCUUUGUUGAGAAGAUCUUCCAGGCAGAUGCUGUUCUGCACUUCGGUACCCAUGGAUCUCUUGAGUUCAUGCCAGGGAAGCAGGUUGGUAUGAGUGAUGCAUGCUAUCCUGACAGUCUCAUUGGCAACAUCCCCAACAUCUACUACUAUGCAGCAAACAACCCAUCAGAAGCAACUGUUGCCAAGCGCAGAAGCUAUGCAAACACCAUAAGCUACCUUACACCACCAGCUGAAAAUGCUGGUCUCUACAAGGGGCUCAAGCAGCUUUCAGAGCUCAUCUCCUCUUACCAAUCUCUCAAGGACACAGGACGUGGCCCACAGAUUGUGAGUUCAAUCAUUAGCACUGCAAAACAAUGCAAUCUCGACAAGGAUGUUCCCUUGCCCGAGGAAGGUGUGGAGCUUCCACCAAAUGAGCGUGACCUUAUUGUUGGAAAGGUGUAUGCCAAGAUCAUGGAAAUAGAAUCACGCCUCCUGCCAUGCGGUCUGCAUGUGAUAGGUGAGCCACCAAGUGCCAUCGAGGCUGUGGCCACCUUGGUGAACAUUGCUGCCCUCGAUCGCCCAGAGGAGGGAAUAUACUCACUGCCCAGCAUACUUGCUCAGACAGUGGGCAGGAACAUUGAAGAUGUGUACAGAGGAAGCGACAAGGGAAUACUGGCUGAUGUUGAACUUUUGAGGCAAAUAACUGAAGCUUCGCGUGGUUCCAUCACUGCCUUUGUUGAGAAGACUACAAACAGCAAAGGGCAAGUUGUUGAUGUUACAAACAAACUAAGCACCAUGCUUGGUUUUGGUCUAUCAGAACCAUGGGUACAGUACUUGUCCAAAACCAAGUUCAUCAGGGCAGACAGAGAGAAGUUGAGAAUCUUGUUUACAUUCUUGGGAGAAUGCUUGAAGCUGGUUGUGGCAGAUAAUGAGCUGGGAAGCUUGAAGCUUGCCCUCGAGGGAAGUUAUGUUGAGCCUGGCCCUGGUGGUGAUCCAAUCCGUAACCCGAAGGUUCUCCCAACAGGGAAGAACAUACAUGCUCUUGACCCUCAGGCAAUCCCAACUACAGCUGCCAUGAAGAGCGCCAAAAUUGUUGUAGACCGUCUGCUGGAGCGGCAAAAGAUUGACAAUGGUGGCAAGUAUCCUGAGACAGUUGCACUUGUCUUGUGGGGCACCGAUAACAUCAAGACGUAUGGUGAGUCAUUGGCCCAGGUGCUCUGGAUGAUUGGUGUGCGCCCGGUCGCCGACACCUUUGGACGUGUCAACCGUGUGGAACCUGUCAGCCUUGAGGAACUUGGACGUCCCAGGAUUGACGUAGUUGUCAAUUGCUCGGGUGUCUUCAGAGAUCUUUUCAUCAACCAGAUGAAUCUACUGGACCGGGCAGUGAAGAUGGUUGCCGAACUGGAUGAGCCAGAAGAGAUGAACUACGUGCGCAAGCAUGCACAGGAGCAGGCACAGGAACUUGGUGUUUCAGUAAGAGAGGCAGCAACAAGGGUGUUCUCAAAUGCAUCAGGCUCUUACUCAUCGAAUGUGAAUUUGGCAGUGGAGAAUGCAUCAUGGACUGAUGAGAAGCAGCUCCAGGACAUGUACCUGAGUCGUAAGUCUUUUGCAUUUGACAGUGAUGCUCCAGGGGCAGGCAUGAAAGAGAAACGCAAGGCGUUUGAGCUUGCUCUAGCAACAGCAGAUGCCACAUUCCAGAACCUAGACUCAUCGGAGAUUUCACUGACAGAUGUGAGCCACUAUUUUGACUCGGACCCAACAAAGCUGGUGCAGGGACUGCGCAAGGAUGGGCGUGCACCUUCCUCAUAUAUAGCAGAUACAACCACGGCAAAUGCGCAGGUGAGGACAUUGUCAGAGACAGUCCGCCUUGAUGCAAGGACAAAGCUACUGAACCCUAAGUGGUAUGAAGGUAUGAUGAAAAGUGGCUAUGAAGGAGUUAGAGAGAUUGAGAAGCGGCUGACAAAUACAGUUGGAUGGAGUGCAACAUCUGGACAAGUUGACAACUGGGUUUAUGAGGAGGCAAAUUCCACCUUUAUUGAAGAUGAGGCUAUGAGGAAGAGGCUCAUGGAUACCAACCCAAAUUCAUUCAGGAAGCUAGUCCAGACCUUCCUAGAAGCUAGUGGCAGAGGCUACUGGGAGACAUCAGAGGAAAACUUGGAAAAGCUCAGGGAACUCUACUCUGAGGUUGAAGACAAGAUCGAAGGAAUUGACCGGUAAACUUAUUUGAUCAAACAGAUCCUGCAUUCAACCAAGGAGAAAUCCUUCUGUCUCACUGAAUUGAGAGUUGAGACUUGUACAAUUUGUGUAAUUUAUAAAGAAGUUGUAACAUGACAUACAUGAGGAUACAGUGUUACAACGAGGGUGGUUGUGAAUGAAAAUGGAGCAUGAGUAGAAGUUCUUUCUUUGGAA